AUGUUAGAGUAUCGUUAAAAUAACAUCUAAGUGGUAGUAAGAGUAAAGCCUGAAUAAGGUUGUAUUAAGGUUGAUGAGUGUGAUUCCACUGUAUUAUUGAUAUCGAACAAACAAUAUAACUAUGAUCAUGUGAUUCCUCCAAGGGCUUCAUAAUAAGAUGUCUUCACAUUGAUAGGAUAACCACUGAUCAAUAAUGCUCUACAAGGUUACAAUGGUUGUGUCUUUGCAUAUGGUUAGACAGGUAGUGGGAAAACUCAUACAUUAAUUGGUAAUAAUGAUGGAUUACUUCCUUAAUGUUUAUAAUACAUUUUUGCUUGUUCUAUUGAAGAUCCUAAUGUUAUAAUCAAAGGUUCAUAUUUAGAAAUCUAUAAUGAGUAAAUAUUUGAUUUGCUCUCAUCAUCUUCAAAUUCUUUACAAAUAAGAGAAGAUCCUAAGAAAGGCAUAUAUGUAGAAAAUUUGAAUGCAGCAGUAAUUUCAAAUUAUGAUGAAGCAAUAGCCUUAUUAAGAAAGGGGAAUUCAACUAGACAUAUUGCUGCUACAAAAAUGAAUAGUGAAAGUUCAAGAAGUCAUGCAGUAUUUUUAAUUCAAUAUUCUACUUCAACUUAAUAAGAUAAAUGUGAAGUACAUUUAUAUUCAAAAAUGUACUUUGUUGAUUUGGCUGGAUCAGAACGAUAGAAGACAGCAUAAACUGAAGGAUAAAGAUUAAAGGAAACUCAAGCAAUAAAUAAAAGUUUGACUUAACUUGGAUUGGUAAUUUAUGCAAUUGUAGAGAGAGAAAAAGGAAAUAAUAAAAUUCAUAUUCCUUUUAGAGAUUCUAAACUUACUACUUUAUUAAAAGAUUCACUUGGAGGAAAUUCAAAGACAUUUAUGGUUGCUGCUGUUAAUCCAUUACAUGAAGAGGAAAGUAUUUCUACUUUGAAAUUUGCAGAGAGAGUUAAACAAAUAAAAGUUAAAGCUCAUGUCAAUAAAGAGUAUUCAGGAGAAGAAAUUACUAAACUUAAUCUAUAAAUUUAAUAACUUAAAGAAGAAUUAGUUAAGAAAACAAGGGAAUUAGAAAAUGUAUAACCUAGUGAUGCUUUAUAAUCUUAAUUACAUAUGUAAUUUGAUGAGAUAUAGAAAUUACUUUAAUAGAUACAUUAAAGUGCUAUAUAGAUGGAAUUAGAAACUGUUGAAGGAUAAUUAUAGGAGUAUGCAGAAAAGAAGAGUUAUAUUAUUUAGAUUUUAAAGUCAUUAAAUUUAUCAUUUAAAGAAGAGGAAACUACUAAUUAUUAAACAUUAAAUGAAAAUAUAGAAUAUUAAAAUAAAUUGAAAAUACAAUUAUUAUAAUAGGAAGAUGUAAUAUAUAAAUUACAAAAAAAGAAAAAGGAAUUAGAAUAAAGUAUUAGUGAUUAAUAGUAGGCUCAUAAGACUAUUUUAGCUUCUACAUUAAGAGGAUUUGAAGAUCAAAUAAAGAUGAAAGAUUAUCUUUAUGAUUAGAUUAAAGAAGAUUUUGAUUAGAUGGAAGUUUCUAAAUUAUCAUUGUAACAUUAAUAUGAUGUUUUAAAAGAAGAGGUUUAAUAAUAUGUUGAGAAAAUUGAAUAAAUGUAGAUUCAAUUAUUUUAAAAUUAAUAGAAUUAAUCUACUAUAUAUGAAGAGAAGAAUUAAAAUAUAUAAAAAUUAGAUUAAGAUUUAUAGAAAUAAAUAGAAUAUAAUUCUUAAUUAAGAUUAUAAUUAGAAUAAAUUCAUGUAGAAAUCUAUUAAAAUAAUUAAUCAUUUUAAACAGAAACAAAUUAAUUGCAUUCUUAAAUUGAAUAAUAACAAUUAGAAAUUAAUAGAUUAUAAGAAUGUGUAUAAAAAUUAGAAGUUGAAAAUAUGAACAUUAAAUAAAAUAAUGAUUUUAAAAGAGAAUAUGAUUAAUUAACAUAAUAAUAUUCUAAUCUUAAAAAUUAAUAUUAACAUAUAGAAUAAGAAUUGAAAUCAUUACAAACUGAAAAUUAAUAUAAUUUAAGUGUAAUAGAAAAUUUAGAAAUAUCUAUUAAAUCAUUUGAAUUAUUUGAAGAUAAUUGGAAAUAAGAAAAUCAAUUAUAUAGAAAUACUAUAUUAGAAUUGUAAGAAUAAUUAAAUUAAAAAUAAGAAAUAUUUUUACAUAUUCAAAAAUCAUUUAAAUUAGAUAAUUGUGAAAAUAUUAUUAAUGAAUUAAACAAUAAAACAAAUUAACUUCAUAGAAAUGAAUAAAAAUUAAGAUAAGAAAUAUCAUAAUUGAAGUCAGAAUAAUAAUUGUAUAUCUAAAAAUUACAAAUUAGAGAUUAAACUAUAUCAGAUUUAUAAAAUGAAUUAUAAGAUUUAUAAAAAACUCAUAGAACAAGUGAAGUUUAAAAAUAAAUUGAAUAAAAUGAAAAAACAUAAAGUUAAAGAUAAUUGGAAUAAAAGAUUGCAACCUUAAAAUUAGAAUAUGAAAAAAUUAACAAAUCUAAAAAUGCUUUAUUAGUAGAAUAUACAAAAUUAGAAAAUAAUUAAAAGGAAUUUGAAUCAUUUUUAAUAAUUCUUGAAAAGAAACUCUAAGAUUAUGUAUCAAAUACAUUUAGAAAAAAUAGAGUUAUGAGUUAAGAAUAAUAAAUAUUAUAUUUGAAAACUACAUAAAUUAAGUAAUCUAAAUUUGUGAUCAUAGAAGCUUUAGUUGACAUAGUCAUUGUAAUUUAUAUUAUUAUAAAUUUUAUUAGUUAGACACAAUAGAUAGGUAAAUUAGAACCUUUUCCUAGAUUAGAAUAAAUUGAUUAAUGUUUUGUAUUAAUUAAAUUUAAAGAAUAAUAUUAAAUAUUCUCAAUUAUUUCUAUUAAUAUAUAUAUAUUAUUAUAUAUAAAGAACAAAAAAAGGAAAGUAAAUGUUAUGAAAAAUAUAAUUAGUAUAAUUAAAUAUUAAUUCACAAAAAAAAAGAUUAUUGGGUUGGGAAGUCCAUUAUUAGAUAUAUAAGCUGAAGUAUAAUUGGAAUUCCUAGAAAAAUAUGGAUUAAAAUUGAAUAAUACAUAUUUUGCAGAACAAAAGCAUCUUGAAUUAUAUGAAGAAUUAAUCAAAAUUCCAUCUCACUCUCACGUUCCUGGUGGUAUAUUGAAUUUGUUAAUUAUUAGGAUCGGCAUUGAAUACAAUUAGAAUAGCUAGAUGGAUGGCAUAGGCUUAGAAAGAUUAAGUAAAAUUUAUUGGAUGCGUGGGAAAAUAAGAUAAAUUUGCAAAAAUGUUAAUUGAAACAACAAAUAAAGAUGGUGUUACAGCAUUAUUUGAUGAACAAUCAUAUCCAACUGGUAAAUGUGCUGUUCUCUUAUGUAAUAAAGAUAGGUAUUAAAAUAUAUAAUUUUAGAUGUUUAGUACCUUAAAUAGGAGCAUCUGCACAUUUGAGUAAAGAAUUUGUUGAAUAGCAUAUUGAAGAGAUUAAAACAGCUGCUGUUUUAUUUUGUGAGGUUUAUUUUCUAUAUCCAAGAGCUGAAUUAACAAAAAAUGUGUUCAAAGUUGCAUAAGAAAGUAAUGUGCAUACUUGUCUUUCAUUGUCUAGUGUAAAUGCAGUGAAUGAUAGAUUUAAUGAAAUAUUAGCAGUCUUGCCAUAUGUUGAUUAUCUAUUUGGAAAUGAGGAAGAAGUAGGUUAAUUUGGAAAAAACUUUGGAUGUAGAGGUGGUCUAUAAGAAUCUAUGUUAAGAAUUGCUGAAUUUAGUAAAGUAGGUGUUAAAGAUAGAGUUGUUGUUUGUACAUAAGGUCAUAAACCUACAUUAAUUGCUAAGAAAAACGAACUUCUGAAUAUUUAGGUAGAAUCAGUAGAUGUACAAAAGAUAGUGGAUACUAAUAGUGCUGGGGAUUCAUUUUGUGGAGGGUAUAUCAUAUAAAAUAUAUCAAAGAUUUAUAGCAGAAUUAUUAAAUGGAGCUGAUUUAAUUAAAUGUACUAGAGCUGGAAAUUAUUCUGCAGCUUAAACCAUUUAACAUGAAGGUAGCACAAUACCAAAGUAUCAACCUGAUAAAACAUGGUGAA